AUGUCAGAAUCACCCGAAAGAGGUAAGUGUGUUUGAUUUGUGAUUACAAUUGAGAAAACACUAUCUUCCCAGGUAACACUCCUGAUCUUGACCGACUUGUUCCAAAAAAUCAUGAAUCAGACAGUGAUGAAGGACCAUUGCCUUCUGCAGCAGAAGGUAAAUCUGAUGAGGUUUAUGAAGUGCAAAAAAUUUUGGAACAUAUAUUAUCGACGGAUGGAUUCUUUUUGAAAGUUAGAUGGGAAGGAUAUGGCGAAGAUGAAGACAGUUGGGAACCUGAGACAGAUUUAAAAGAAUGUGCUGGUGAAAUUGUUAAAGAGUAUAUGAGUAAAUUGACUGAAAAGGAAAGAAGAACGAUUAGCAAAUUCAAACGAGAUAUGGAAGCAAAAGAAUUAGCAAAAAAGAAAAAGUCAACAACUCCAAAAUCUAAAGCUAACAACAAAAAGGAGAAUAAAACAAAUGCAAGAAUCAAAGAAGAAAUCGAUUCAGACAAUGAGUAAGUUUUUUUUAUAAAUGUCUGGUUUAUAAAAGUCUUUUUCGCAGAACACCAGAAAAGAAGUCGAAAUAUGUGGAAAGUGACGAUUCUUUUAGUGAAGAUACAACUCCUAAAAAUAAAAGUAGAACUAAAAAGAGAGGAAAAUCGAGAGAGGAUAGUUUCGAACCAACUGAAAAGAAAUCAAGGAAAACUGAAAAAGAGAGAAAGACUGUAACAACAAAAGCAGCUUUGAAACAAUAUCCUAGUAGUGCAAGACAAGCAGCAAUAAAACAUCGUCAAACAUGGCUGAAUGAUUCUGAUUCUUCAGAUAAUGAAAGAGAAGAACCUAAUGAAAAUUCAACAUCUUUUGAUGAUGAAAUAAAAGCAAAAGUUCAAACAAAGAAACGAGAAAGAGUUAGUUUUCUUUUUUUUCUCGAUCAAUGACGCAAUAAUGAUAAUUUCAGGCAGAAAAGAAAGAAGAAAGUCAAGUUAUGAAAGUCAAAAAAACAGAGAAACGCAAAUUGAACGAGGAUAGAGAAGAAAGUGAGUUACCAGAAGAUGAUAGUGAACUUACUCAAACAUCUCCUCACGUUACUUUCAAAGAAGUCAUUGGCAAAGAAGGAGCAGCUGAAAUGGUUCUUCAAUUGACCAACACAAGCGAAAAUGAUCAAGAAGCUCGAAAUGGUUAGUUACUGUAUAUUAUUGAAAAAAUUAAGGUAAGUUAAUGAUUUUCCAGGAGAAUCUUCAGAAUGGAACAUCGAAGGUAUCACUCAACAUAUUGGUGAAGACAAUAAGACAAUCAUUGUUCUCUUGGCUAAUUCAUCAACCGGUGAGAAAAAAGCUGUUUCUGCUUAUGGUAGGUUAUAAAAUUCUGGAUUUAUCUAAAAAUAUUAUUUUUGCAGAAGGUUAUAAAUUAGCUGGUUGGAAUUUGUGUAAAUGGUUAAUCAAUCGGUGCAGUUUCUAAAUAUUUUUCUCAUAUUCAAAUAUCAUUUUUCCCUCUUCCUCUAAUUCAUCUCUGAUCCACUUUAUUACGAGUUUUCGUUUUUGAUGUAAAAUUUUGUUCAUUUUGGUUUGAAUUUUUACUUAUUUCAUUUUUGUAAUAUGAACAACUUUUUUGGUUAUUUUUGAAAAUCUAAAUGUUUGGGUUGAUUUUCACCCUGUAGCUUAUCUUUUUCAAAAUUGAAAGAUUUUGUUAAUUACCAGUUUUUACAGUAAUGCGAAUAGGAUGAGUGAUCGACAUAUGUCAAGUAUAUUUCCAGAAUGUGAUCAACUCAAACAAGUUAGUUUUUUCCCCCAAUAUUUAUUUCAAAAUUAAAUGUGGACAUUUUUCAGAUUUAUGACAAAUGCUUUACAGAAUUCUUUCAAAAAUUUAUCACACCAAAUUAUCGACAUCAAUACGCGGUGAAUCCGUGUGAAAGGUUACAUGAAGUUUAUAAACAAUGUGUAGAAGAGGUUAGUUGUUUUUCAAAAAAUAAUUGUUUGAUUGAAGAAUAUUUUUAGCGAUUAGCAAACCAACGUCCUUUUGAAAUUGAUCUCGAUGAAAUUCGCAAAGAAUACCUUAAUUCGGAAAAAGAUGACCUCAAAGAUCGACAAAAGUAA